UCGCACUUCCAGAUGACGUCGUCUUCGCCGAGUUCCCCGGAAGCGGCGUCCCGAAUUUCACAACGCCACAGCCGGAAACUGCGAGCUCAGUAGACGGCCUGCCAGAUGCGACGGAUCUGAUUGUGCGCGUCGGACUGUACGUGGUCAUAUUUGUGUUUGCCGUGGUGGGGAACGUGCUGGUGCUCGUCACUCUGGUGCAGAACAAACGAAUGCGCACGGUGACCAACGUUUUCCUCGUCAACCUGGCCGUGAGUGAUCUCCUCCUGGGAGUCUUCUGCAUGCCCUUCACCUUGAUCGGAAGCCUUCUCAGGAACUUCGUGUUCGGAGAGCUCAUGUGCAAGUUCAUUCCUUACUUACAAGCGGUGUCCGUGUCGGUGUCAGUGUGGACGCUGGUGUCCAUCUCGAUAGAGCGCUUCUUCGCCAUCGUGCGGCCACUCCAGUCCAGGCGGUGGCAGACCGUGUCGCAUGCGUACCGUGUCAUCGCCGUCAUCUGGGCGCUCUCGCUUCUUCACGUGGCCCCCAUCGCCGUGCUCAGCCAGCUCAUACCCACCAGGACGGCAGGACAUCAGAAGUGCCGCGAGCUGUGGCCCAGCGACGAAGCCGAGAAAGGUUUCAACCUCUACUUGGACUCGGUGCUGCUUGUACUGCCUCUGCUCAUCAUGAUCGUUGUGUACGCCAUCAUCGUUCGCACGCUGUGCGUCGGCAUACGCCUGGAAAACCGGUCCGUCGCUCUAGGCAUCCCGAUGAAGUCGGCCUCACGCGGGAACGAAAAUACGAACAGUUCCUGCAGCGGCGCGGGGAGUCCUACAGCACGAGAGGAAACGACUUCCGCGGGGACCACGACGUCGACAAAGAAAGAGGCACUCGGUCGCUCAUCAAAUGGCGUCCGCUGUCAGACGCUGCUGGUGCGCGGCUGCAACCCCGAAAAGACGCAGGCAUCCGUGGUUCGUGUCAUCCGCAUGCUGUUCGUGGUCGUGGUCGAGUUCUUCGUUUGCUGGACGCCGCUAUACGUGGUACACACUUGGUCCCUGUACGACCCGGACGCCGUCUACGACUGGCUCGGUUCGGCGGGCGUCAGCGUGGUGCACCUGCUGGCCUAUGCCUCGUCGUGCUCGAACCCCAUCACCUACUGCUUCAUGCACCAGAAGUUCCGUCAAGGGUUCCUGGCCGCAGUCGGAUGCCGCCGAGGAGGACGACCUUGCUGCGGUUCCGAGGGGUCCUGCUUCGCUCAACAGGGCUCGGUGCGAGGCUCCACCUACGUGUCCGGCACCGCGCUCGUUUACCAGGACGCGCACAAGAAAGGUACGGGUCCGUUCUUCGAGAGCAAAUCUUAUACGUAA